AUGAUGACUCACUCACAGUUGAGUGAGAUGCUUUGGAAGGCCUACCCAAAGCUUGAGCUUGACACUGUGGACAUGGCACCAUUACCCCCUGAUGCACCUGAGUUUAAACUCAUGCCGAAGGCUCCAUGUGCCACCUGCAACAUGUUGGUCCCACUUCAGUCACUUCCGCUACAUGAGCUACUUAGUGAAUGUCCAAUGCCAGCAAUGUCCCCAGAAAAGAAGAAAGACAAGACUGAAUGUCCUGUGUGUAAAACAAUGUUCUGCACAGACCUAAUAGAAGUCCAUGCAGCAGAGUGUGGAUUGAGAUCGGAAGUCCAGAAUAACACAGAAGACAUUGGUUUUGUCUCAAGCAAGGAUGUUUCUGACUUUGAAGUUCAUUCUAUCGAUUCAUUCCAAAGUUUGGACCAAAUACUGAGCUGGAUAAGUUCUCAAGUACAGGAUGGCACGUUUGAAAUUUGUGUAUCAAGAAGUGAUAUUUUCAAUAGAGGAAUGCAUCAGUGGCAGCGCCAGAAGAUGUCCUCUCCAAAAUUCAAACUGAUGGUGUCUUUCAUAGAGGAAAACGGCUUUGACACGGGUGCCCUAGGAAAGGAAUUCUUAACGGAGAUGAUUGCAGAAAUAGAGAAAAGGCUCUUUGUUGGUGGUGUGGACAAAAAAGGGAAAAAUCCAGUCUACUGUCUGGGGAGCCUGGACAAAAACUAUUUCCGAGCUGCUGGUGAGAUUAUGGCAGCGAGUAUUGCCCAAGGCGGACCACUCCCCUCCUUCAUGAGAAAGUGGUGUUAUGCAUAUAUUUGUUCAGGCGAUGCAGAUGACAUACAAGUGACAUCAGAUGAUGUAACUGAUGUAGAACUUUCUCAACUCAUUACAAAGAUACAAGAAGCAAGUAAUGAAACAAUUGGCGAACUGAUUGAUGGAUUGAUGAACUGUGGAUACACUGGGAUAAUUUCGGACAACAAAAAAGAUGUUAUGACCAGAUCUGUUGUACUGCACUCCACUAUGAGGCUGAUCCCCAUGUUAGAUCAGCUUAGAAAAGGCCUGCAGCUGUAUGGCCUACUGAGAGUUCUGCAUAUAAUGCUGACAUUGUUGCCUCUUUUUGUUUCUGGAGAAGACGAUGGGGUGGAUGCCGCCUUUAUCAUUCAGAAGUGUCACCCUGAGUACAGCGAAAAGGGCUCAGUUAGAUACACCAGAGAAGUAAACAUCAUGAAUUUCUUUCAGGAUUUUCUACAGGACAUAGAGGAUCAAGAUGAUCUUGAGGCUGAAGUUGAAGAUGGCCAUAAAAAGUUGACAGUUGGAAGAGUCAUGCAGUGGAUCACCGGCCAGGGACACAAACCUUGUCUGCCAAGUGAGAAGGCAGAUUUCAAAUAUCUGUCAGAUUCCACCAUGAUUGCGACUCCUUCCAUACUAUUUGCUUUCCAACUGUUAGUGCAUGUAGUCGUACCAUUACAUUUCCUGUGGUGCACUUGA